AUGGAGAACGGGGAGGUCUACAGAGCCACCACCGAGGCGCACCCGGGCCCUGGCAGAGGCCCCCGGAGCGGCCUCGCCGCCUACUUCACCCUGAGCCGGCUCACGGGGUUCCGGCGACUCAAACUGCUGGAGCUGGUGCUGUCUCUCCUGGCCUUCAUCUGUGAGGAGGUGGUCUCGCAGUGCACCUUGUGUGGGGGACUCUACUUCUUUGAGUUCGUCAGCUGCAGCGCCUUCCUGCUGAGUCUGCUUAUACUGAUCGUUUACUGCACGCCGGUGUACGACCGAGUCGAUCCCGCGAAAGUCAAGUCAUCGGAUUUCUUUAUUACUCUGGGCACAGGACUGGUACUCCUGGUGGCAUCCAUCAUUUUCGCUCUGACACAUGACAACACCAUAACUGAAAUUGCUGCAAUUGUGUUUGGAUUUCUAGCAAGUCUUGCAUACCUGACUGACUUCUCCUUUAUGCUCCGUGAAAAAUGUAAGGAGCCGCAGCAGAGAAAAGGGGACGCCGCCGUGAGGAGAGAGUACACCGAACCUUUGAAUGCUUAG